GAUUCCUACACUAGGGAAUAUUGGAUGACUUGAGCGUUCAAACAGGCAUCACAAGGUGUGCGUGAAUGUCUGCGUGACUUUCAAAGAGCGUGUGACAUCGGAUCAGCUGAAAGGGGAUAGGCCGCUGAAACUUGUCUCUGAGGGCGCAAGGACGCGGCUGACAGGAAACGAAAAUAAAUAAAAUGCGAUCGAGUGCUUUGUCAGCGAUGAGUGCUUGCGUGAACCAGAGGAACAACAGGAUUGAUAAAUUACCUCUGCCGCCCGGUUAGCCGUUGAAAUGGUUUCUUUUUGUGGUCAAAUUUUGUCUUACAAGCAAGACAGCCUCUGGUCGUGGUUUGUUUGUAUUUGCACGACAUUAUGCAUGGUCCUGACGAUUGGAUUUACCUACGCUCUCGGCGUAUUGCUUCCUGUGUUCAUGGAUUCUUUCGAUGAAAGUCGCGAAAGAACGGCUUGGGUGAGCUCUAUCACCAUGGCAAUAAUUCUAUUCUUUGGACCUGUGACUGGCGCGGUCGUAAACCGUUUUGGAUGCCGUGUGGUCAGGAUCACAGGUUGCCUGUCCUGUGCUGCCGGUCUCGGGCUGGGUACCCUGGCUCCAAACAUCCUGGUUCUCUUUGUAGCCUUUUGCACACUCUUCGGCUUUGGUACGUCAUUUAUUUACCUUUCCUCGUCAGUGAUAAUGACCCACUACUUUACUAAGAGGAGAUCCUUGGCUCUUGGAAUUGUGACUGCCGGUCAAGGUCUGGGAACCAUGAUAUGUGGUCCUGUUUUACAAGUGACCACUGCCAUGUUCAACUGGAGAAAGGCUUUCCUCAUAUUUGCGGGUAUUUUGGCUCUCUCGUCCUUAACAGGCUCCUUUCUGAAACACGAUAGUUCCAGAUCCACAGGUUCGUCGACCCAACGCGAGAAAAACUCAAAGAAGUUUUGUUGGAAUGUAGCUGUUUGUAAGAACAAAAGAUUUCUGGUUUUGUUGGUUAUGUGUACAUUUACCAACUUUGUGCGGAUGACUCCUUACGUGCACUUGAUAAAACACUGCGACGAUCUUGGCAUUCCGGCGGAUAAGAGUUCCACACUUUUCACUUUUAUCGGAAUAUUUUCCGCCAUUGGUCGUUUGUGCGCUGGCUGGCUUUGCGACAUCAAAUAUGUCAACUCACGUCUCCUUUACCAAGCAAGCGUGUUAUUGACUGGCGUCUCGAUCAUGCUUCUGACAGUACCAAAGACUUACACCCCACUGGCUGUAAUAGUCAUAAUAUUUAGCCUAGCGGACGGGCUGGUGGUGUCAACAUAUAUUAUCGAGCUGUUCAAGUCUGUAGAGGAGUCGGAAAGAGCACUUUGCCUUGGGUUUUCCAUGAUGGCAGGUGGGGUUCUAGUCUUCGGCGGCCCGCCUUUAACUGGUCUUAUGGCAGACAGGCUUGGAAACUACAUAGUUGCAUUUCUCGUAAUGGGAGGUGUUGGUGUUGUCAGCUCCCCCAUCCCUUUUCUAAUUCCGUGUUUAGAGCCGCAAAAUAACGGAAAAGAUCCCGUAGAAUAUCUUGAAGAGUUGAUGGACAGUGAUAUACAUGUUUCUCCACCAAACGACGUAUCUACAAAUGGUGAUAUUCCCACAACAAUUUGUCCCAAAGAGUUGGUACAGACAUUGAACCCAGUAAGGACAUCCACGGUACGCGCCGCGUCCAAGAGGCCUGUAUCGUUUAUUUGGGCCAUGGAAAGUCCUUGUACUUUUUAACGAAGUCUUCAAAUUCGACUACACUAAGAGUAUAGGGCGCUUUUCGAUUGAGAGUCGUUAAACCGAAAGCAAUUUAAUUACAGCGGCAUAUUCACAUAAACAAAUGAUAUAAGUUAUGCAGAAAGACAAAUUAAGGUAACUUACCAUAUGAUCCGUCCGGCCCAGCCGUUCACGCAAUUCCAUGGAAAUCCAUAGUGAAAAUUUGUGCACUUUGUUGAGAAAAAAAAUUCGCUAUUGUUGCAAAAAAUGAGAGACAGUAGUGAAUAGCAAAGAGAAAAUAAGUCACGUUUCUCGCUGAAUUGAGUCUCUUCUUCUGACUAGCAAAAAAUAAAGGAAAAGUUUUCUCGUAGAAUCUUUUUUUGUGGUUUUCCCGAGUACACAAGACUGUGGUGUCCUAGACACCUGCGCGUUUUAAAAAAGUGUUGGUUACAUAGCUGUGAAAAUAUAAAUUAGGAAAAAAGAUUUUUAAAGCUGCUUUUUUUGUCAGUUACAAUGGAAUUUUUAUCACAUGAAGAAAUAAUGGAACAGAAACAAAGGAACAGAAACAAAAAUUAAUAUAACUUUUAUUUUCGCUGAAGAAUCACAAUGUAAACAUUUGAGAGAGUUUUUUAAUUGUAGAUAUUAAAAAAAAAUGAAAAAAAAAACCUUUAACCA